GCAACUUAUGCGACUAAGGACCGACAAAUAAUCCAUCCUUUUUCAGUGGGAUGAAUCCAGAUGGACCUUUAAACACUCCGGGGCUGCCUUCGUCUGGCGAAUUAAUCGUCCAGCAAAAGAAAGAUGCCAUCCAGGCAGCGGGGCAGCCCACGGGGGACGGCGGACUUUUCUCUCAACUUACCAACAAUCCUUUCUUCACAGCAGGAUUCGGUCUCGCUGGGCUCGGCGCGGGUUUGAGUUUCGCUCAAAAAGGUUUCCGACACGGUGCUGCGCUCCUGCGGAGGCGCAUGCUCGUUGACGUCGAGAUCAGCAUCAAAGAUGAUUCCUAUCCGUGGUUUUUACAUUGGAUGACCCUGUAUCAACAAUCCCAGCUCAAUACGGCUCGGUCCGCAGCCAGCAGGUCUGGCUUCGUGGAUUCAAUGCUCCAGCGAUUAACGCCCGGAAUGCGCCAUCUCUCCAUCCAGACGCAGAAAGUCGAACACUCGAACGGUGCGAUCCACACUCAGUUCACGUUAGUGCCCGGCCCCGGGCGACACGUGUUGCGAUACAAAAAUGCGUUCAUCUUCGUCAAUCGGAUGCGGGAGGCCAAGUCGCAAGAUUUGCAGACGGGCCGACCAUGGGAAACAAUCACAUUGACGACACUCUAUUCGCAUCGCCACAUUUUCCAGGAUCUUUUCACUGAGGCCCAUGCAUAUGCCGCGAAAUCGCACGAAGGAAAGACCUCUAUCUAUAACAGCUGGGGCGCGGAAUGGAAACCCUUUGGACAGCCUCGGCGGAAGCGUCCGUUGGAGUCGGUGGUUCUCGAUGAGGGCGUCAAAGAGAAGAUUGUGGAGGAUGUGUCGGAUUUCAUAUCGACUGGAAAAUGGUACCACGAUCGGGGGAUUCCCUACCGACGUGGUUAUCUGCUCUACGGCCCACCCGGCACCGGGAAAAGUUCGUUCAUCCAGGCCUUGGCCGGCGAACUCGAUUACGACAUCGCCAUUCUCAAUCUCAGCGAACGUGGUCUGACUGACGACCGGUUGAACCACCUUCUUACGAUUGUUCCGAAUCGGACCAUUGUGUUGCUCGAGGACGUGGACGCUGCUUUCUCAAACCGCCGGGUCCAGACGGAGUCGGAUGGGUAUCGUGGCGCCAACGUGACCUUUUCCGGAUUAUUGAAUGCCCUUGACGGAGUGGCCAGUGCCGAGGAGCGCAUCAUUUUUCUCACCACAAAUCACGUCGAGCGACUUGACCCGGCACUGGUUCGACCGGGUCGGGUGGACAUGACUGUCCGUCUCGGUGAAGUCACUCGCUACCAGGUGGGUUGCCUCUGGGAUCGGUUUUACGGUGAACUCGACACCGAAGGUACCUAUAAAAAGGUGUUCCUUGGUCGACUGCAUGAGUUGGGUUUGAUUGAAGACGAACAUGGGCGGAAACCCGAUGGGUCCCGAACCACGAGUGCGGCCGCGUUGCAGGGGUUGUUCCUGUACAACAAGGACAACAUGGAGGGCGCGAUUGCGAUGGCCGAAGGGCUUACAUAUAGCGUUUACGAUGAUUCUCAUGAAGCGUGAGCCACGAAACCGUCGCUUGUACCAUAUUUGUAUAGAUCAGUUAGGCGUCC